AGCUGCUCGUUUCUCCGUUGUUUACCUGCAUGAACUGGUGUUCACGGAUCUUGUCGGUAAAUUGUACUGGUCGGUGCUUAAAAUAAAUCACCGUGUCGUUUGUUUAAGUGACAGUUUGACCUCUGCGCUGCCGACGUUAAACAUGUCGUCUGUGGAAGUCCGUGCUGUGCAGCUGCCAGCCGCAGAGAACCCAGUGAAGAUGGGUAAAACCGCGGCAGCAGCAGCGGGUCUGAGGAGAGCUGCUCUGGGAGAGAUCACCAACUUUCCCGGAGCAGCGGUCAACACUAAGAGGACGGGACCAGCCAAAGCAUCAGUCAAAUCAUCUUGUGCCCAAAAAGCCAAACCCACUUCAGUCCAGGUGGUGCCUCCAGUCGUCCAGGCCCAGGCCCCUGCAGCUCCUGUCCCUUCAGUUUCGGAGGCAUCAGCUGACGUGUCUAUGAAGGAGGAGGAGGAACUGUGCCAGGCUUUUUCUGAGGCACUGCUCACCGUGCAGGACGUGGACGAGCAGGACGCUGACCUGCCGCAGCUCUGCUCUGAAUAUGUCAAAGAUAUCUAUAAUUAUCUGCACGUCCUGGAGGUGCAGCAGGCUGUACGAGCCAACUACAUGCAGGGUUAUGAAAUCACUGAACGCAUGCGAGCUCUUCUGAUCGACUGGCUGGUCCAGGUUCACUCCAGGUUCCAGCUGCUGCAGGAGACUCUGUACCUCACAGUUGCCAUCCUGGAUCGUUUUCUGCAGGUCCAGCCGGUCUCUCGCAGGAAGCUGCAGCUUGUUGGUGUGACCGCCAUGCUGGUGGCCUGUAAAUAUGAGGAGAUGUACGCUCCAGAGGUCGGAGACUUUGCCUACAUCACAGACAAUGCAUUUACAAAGUCUCAGAUUCUGGAAAUGGAGCAGCUGGUUCUGAGGAGCCUCAAGUUUCAGCUGGGACGUCCUCUUCCACUACACUUCCUCAGGCGAGCUUCAAAAGUGGCUAAUUCUGAUGUAGAGAGACACACACUGGCCAAGUAUCUGAUGGAGCUGACCCUCCUCGACUACGACAUGGUGCACUACCGGCCCUCUGAGAUCGCUGCUGCCUCCCUGUGUCUCUCUCAGCUGCUGCUCGAUGGGCUGCCGUGGUCUCCAACACAGCAGCACUACUCCACUUAUGACGAGGCUCACCUGAAGCCAAUCAUGCAGCACAUCGCCAAAAAUGUUGUGACCGUAAAUGAAGGCAAAACAAAGUUCCAGGCUGUAAAGAACAAGUACUCAAGCAGCAAACUGAUGAAGAUCAGCCUCAUUCCUCAGCUGAAGUCAUCGAUCAUCAAGAACAUGGCGGCUGCUCUGCUCAACAAUCCUUGAGGCUGGAUGAACUUUUACAUUUCGUCAGUGGACAUUUCACUUGCACUUUAUCUUGAUCUGAUCACAACCUGUGGAGAAACUUUUAUAGAUUUUAAUAAAAUGUUUUUAUUUUUUUUUUCUAUUCAAGCAUCAUGGUUUGUUCAGAACUCUGAUCACUUAAAUUACUUAGUGGUGUUUUACCAAAAAUCUAUGGUACAGAUCAUUUUACUGCACCUGCUUUUUCCAAUGUCACCAGAUGAUGGCAAACUUUCUGAUCACAACUUUUUGGGAGAGGAUGAUCUAAGAAAUAAUCUGGAGUGGGUUUUUUUUUUUUUUUUUUUUUGUACUAAUGGACAUCAUUUCACUGAAAUUUGCAUUUAUUGACCCCUGGGCCCUCAUCUGAAUUUUCCUCUUUUUGUUUGUGUGUAAAAUGUGUUUUGUCUUGUCCGUUUAAAUGAAACAAUCUGAGGAGUUAAUGCUGGUUUGUACUUCUGUGUAGAAUCAGAGCCUAUUAUAGUGUGCUUUUAUACUUGUUGCUGGUGUCUGUUGCGCUGCAGUUACGCCACCAAAACACUAGUUGGUGAUUGGUUUCUAUGCCAUUGAGUAUCUUCAUGUACCUCAGACAAUGGUGACUGACACUGAGUGUAUCAUGUUGAACUGGGAGCUAAAGGGCAAUUUGUUGUUUUGAGGGCAAAAAGUAAAAAAAAAACACUGUUUUAAUCUUUAAUGUGUUAGUUGUGUUUUUUUGUUUUUUUUUUACUUCAGAUUUUAAUGUUGAUUCUUAAUCUGAAUAGUAUCUACAGCUGUCAGAUAAACAUAAUGGAGUAGAAGUACAAAGUGGCAUUAAAUGCAAAAAUUCAAAGUG